CACUUUGCUUUCUUCGUGCACUUGUAAAUCAAAAUAACCGUGUUCGUGUGUCUCUCUCUCUCCCCCGACUUUUGAAUUUUCCCCUUAGAUUGAUUUGUCUUCCAUUGCGAUCCUCUAGAUCGUCCAACGAUUUCGUCUUCUUCAGACUAAUCGGAUUCUCAUCGGAAUUCCCCGGGGAUAUAUAAUUAAGCAUCCCGUAAUUUCACGCGACCAGAGACGGAAUUUUGUUUUGGUAGAUCUUGAAUUCAACGAUCGAAUUGAGUAAUUGGAGGUUUGAAGAGAUCAGGAAAAAAAAAUGGCAUCUGAGCAGUUGAUGUCUCCCGCCAGUGGUGGAGGACGAUACUUUCAGAUGCAGCCUGAGCAGUUUCCUUCGAUGGUCUCUUCGCUCUUCUCUUUCGCCCCGGCUCCUACUCAGGAGUCUAAUCGUAUUUUCGAAGAAUUACCCAAGGCUGUUAUCGUCUCCGUCUCUCGUCCUGAUGCCGGCGAUAUUAGCCCCGUACUCUUGUCUUACACAAUUGAGUGCCAAUAUAAGCAGUUCAAGUGGCAACUUGUUAAAAAAGCAUCUCAAGUAUUUUAUUUGCAUUUUGCAUUGAAGAAACGUGCUUUUAUUGAAGAAAUUCACGAGAAGCAGGAACAGGUUAAAGAAUGGCUUCAAAAUCUAGGAAUAGGGGAUCAUGCACCCGUUGUGCAAGAUGAAGAUGCUGAUGAAGUUCCGCUGCAUCAAGAUGAGAGUGCCAAAAAUAGAGAUGUUCCUUCAAGCGCUGCUUUGCCAGUCAUUCGUCCUUUAGGCAGACAGCAGUCCAUAUCAGUUAGAGGAAAGCAUGCGAUGCAAGAAUAUUUGAAUCAUUUUCUAGGGAAUCUUGAUAUUGUCAAUUCACGGGAGGUUUGCAGGUUUUUGGAGGUCUCGAUGUUGUCAUUCUCACCAGAGUAUGGGCCCAAAUUGAAAGAAGACUAUAUUAUGGUAAAACAUCUACCGAAAAUUUCAAAGAGUGAUGAUGAUUCUAAUAGAUGCUGUGGAUGCUGUUGGUUCUGUUGCUGCAAUGAUAAUUGGCAAAAGAGAAUUGAAAGAGCCAUAGUUUUUGCGUAUACUUGGUGGAAAUUUGUGUAUUNUGUGGAUGUAUCACUAGCAGUAGAACUGAAGGAUCAUAAUCCUUUGCGGCAUGCAUUUAAGGUAACAUCUGGAAACCGGAGUAUAAGAAUAAGGGCAAAGAGUAGUGCAAAAGUUAAAGAUUGGGUGGCUUCUAUUAACGAUGCUGCGCUAAGACCUCCUGAGGGUUGGUGCCAUCCCCAUCGCUUUGGCUCAUAUGCUCCCCCAAGGGGUUUGACGGAUGAUGGAAGUCAGGCCCAGUGGUUUAUAGAUGGUGGAGCAGCUUUUGCAGCCAUUGCUGCAGCCAUUGAAAAUGCUAAAUCUGAGAUUUUCAUCUGUGGCUGGUGGGUGUGCCCAGAACUCUAUCUUAGGCGCCCUUUUGACUCGCAUACUUCUUCCAGACUUGACAACUUGUUGGAGAAUAAAGCCAAGCAAGGAGUUCAGAUAUACAUCCUACUCUACAAAGAGGUUGCUCUUGCUUUAAAAAUCAACAGUGUAUAUAGCAAACGCAGGCUUCUUGGCAUUCAUGAGAAUGUGAGGGUACUUCGUUAUCCUGAUCAUUUCUCAAGUGGUGUCUACCUCUGGUCACACCACGAAAAACUGGUCAUCGUCGAUAAUCAGGUUUGCUUUAUUGGAGGGCUGGACUUGUGUUUUGGCCGGUAUGACACGUUUGAACAUAAAGUUGGAGAUAACCCUUCUGUGACAUGGCCUGGAAAGGACUAUUAUAACCCCAGAGAGUCUGAACCCAAUACUUGGGAGGAUGCUCUUAAAGAUGAACUAGACCGUAGAAAACAUCCACGGAUGCCUUGGCAUGACGUGCAUUGUGCUUUAUGGGGACCACCUUGCCGUGACGUGGCUAGGCACUUUGUUCAACGCUGGAACUAUGCUAAGAGAAACAAAGCACCGUAUGAGGAUUCAAUUCCGCUUCUUAUGCCCCAGCAUCAUAUGGUUAUACCCCACUACAUGGGAAGGCAAGAGGAGUCAGACAUUGAAUGCAAUAAAGAAGAAGACAGCUUUAAAGGGAUUAGAAGAGAUGAUUCAUUUUCUUCUAGAUCAUCUUUGCAGGACAUUCCAUUACUUUUGCCUCAAGAACCUGUUGAUCAGGAUGGUUCGAGUGGGGGGAAUAAAGAAAAUGGAACAAACAAUAGAAAUGGUCCUUUCUCUUUCCGGAAAUUGAAAGUUGAACCAGUUGAUGGAGAUACUCCUAUGAGGGGAUUUGUAGAUGAUCGUAAUGGGCUAGAUCUUCCAGUAGCAAAGCGUAAGUCUAAUACGAUAGAUUCAGAGUGGUGGGAAACACAAGAACGUGAUUAUCAGGUUGGGUCGCCAGAUGAGACUGGGCAAGUCGGUCCGAGAACUUCAUGCCGCUGUCAGAUUAUACGAAGUGUCAGUCAGUGGUCUGCUGGAACAAGCCAAGUUGAAGAGAGUAUCCAUUCUGCUUACCGUUCUCUCAUUGACAAAGCUGAACAUUUUAUCUACAUUGAGAAUCAGUUUUUCAUAUCAGGCCUUUCUGGAGAUGACACAAUAAAGAACCGUGUCUUAGAAGCAUUGUACAAGAGGAUUUUGCGUGCCCAUAACGAGAAGAAAAGUUUCAGGGUUGUUGUUGUUAUACCUCUCCUCCCAGGUUUCCAGGGAGGUAUUGACGACAGUGGUGCAGCAUCUGUUAGAGCCAUAAUGCAUUGGCAGUAUCGAACCAUAUACAGGGGACAGAACUCAAUACUGAAUAAUCUUUACAAUACUAUUGGCCCAAAGGCUCAUGAGUAUAUUUCCUUCUACGGCCUCAGGGCAUAUGGUAAACUUUCUGAGGAUGGACCUGUCGCCACUAGUCAGGUGUAUGUUCACAGUAAAAUCAUGAUAAUUGAUGACCGUGCCGCAUUGAUUGGAUCUGCCAAUAUCAACGACCGGAGUUUACUUGGCUCAAGGGAUUCUGAGAUCGGAGUACUAAUCGAAGACACAGAGUUAGUAGAUUCCCGCAUGGCAGGAAAGCCAUGGAAGGCUGGAAAAUUUUCUUCAAGUCUUAGGCUCUCUCUGUGGUCCGAGCACCUUGGACUUCGUAGUGGAGAGAUCGAUCAGAUUAUGGAUCCCGUCUCUGAUUCAACCUACAAGAAUAUAUGGAUGGCAACUGCAAAGACAAACACAAUGAUAUAUCAGGAUGUCUUCUCUUGUGUGCCCAAUGAUCUCAUCCAUUCAAGAAUGGCCUUCAGACAAGGGAUAUCGUACUGGAAAGAGAAACUGGGACACACAACGAUUGACUUGGGAAUAGCACCGGAGAAGCUGGAAUCUUACCAUAAUGGAGACAUCAAGAGGAGCGAUCCAAUGGACAGACUAAAGUCGGUAAAGGGACAUCUCGUCUCAUUUCCUUUAGAUUUCAUGUGUAAAGAAGAUCUAAGACCUGUCUUCAAUGAGAGUGAAUACUACGCCUCCCCUCAAGUCUUCCAUUGAGAUCAUACCUCAAUUCUUGAUCGCGGAUUUUAUUCAGUGAUCACUCUACACGAAGAGAUAUUUCAUUGCUACCUUUAACCAUUUCAUCUCAUAUGUUUAUGAGAAAAAAUUAAAGAUGUUUGUAUAGGGAUACGAUAUGUGGAAUCAGGAGGAAACGAACUCAGAAGAGAAGCCAUUUUGCUAGAUUUUUGGUUUCUCUCUUCCGAGGUAAAGUAAAAAAAAAAAAGAAGAAACAGGUCAAGUUAAAUAUUUA